AUGAUAAUUGAGGACGAGCGUGAUCUUAAUGCACCAGUUGAAGAUGCACGUGAAUGUCCAGCUCCUGCGGUAAAGAUCGGUGAUCUUGGCUUGGCAACGAUUGUAGGGAAGAACCAUGCAGCACAUACAUUGCUCGGGACACCAGAGUAUAUGGCACCAGAACUAUAUGAAGAGAACUAUACAGAGUUGGUGGAUAUAUACUCAUUUGGAAUGUGUUUGUUAGAAAUGGCCACAAUGGAAAUACCAUAUAGUGAAUGUGACAGUAUAGCCAAAUUGUACAGGAAGGUGACAUCUGGCAUAAAGCCUCAAGCUUUUAACAAAUUGAGUGAUCAAGAAUUGAAGGCUUUCAUUGAAAAGUGCAUUGGGAAACCGAGAGCAAGACCAUCUGCUGCUGAGUUGCUUAAGGAUCCAUUCCUUUCUGAUGUUGUUGAAUAUGAAUGA